AUGUUGGAAGCUCUGCAAAGUUUAAAAAUUCAGCAUGAUGACAGUAAACCAUUGGAGCAACAGCUAAUUCAUGUUGUCUGUAUUCCAUCAUUAAAGGAAAACAACCAAAAUAAUACGGAAAACUUCAGUAAACGGCGAAUCUUAACAAAAGAUGUGAAUAAAAAAUGGACGUUGAAGGGGUUUUAUCAUAAAGCUGAUAUUCAUACCGCAGAUGGAAGCUGUUACGUUGGCUCACGAAUAGAUAGUGAACUGUACGGUUAUCGAUAUGGUACAAAAGAAGAAGCAGAACAACUGAAUUUCGUAUUACACGUGACAUAA